AUGCCCCAGACAUCGAGCGUUUCCACUCCCGUUGUGAACGGAAAGGCCGUGCGACAUCUACAAAAGCUUUCCAAUGGGAGAAUUGAGAUUGAGAAUCUGGUCAACGAGUUCCAAAAGCGUUUGGGCAAGAACUGGGACGGAUACCAAAUCGCGGUUUCUCUUUUUUUGGUUGGAAAGCUCUCAAGGCAAGAACUUGUGGAGGAACUAGAUGGAAUUCUUGAUGCUCGCACAAUAAAGCUACACAACCAGCUUUUAUUGGCCAAUUUGGCAAACUCGGUGAGGGAAGGCCCCAUAGAUGGGAUCUCAACCGCCGGUUUUGGAGGGUCUUCUCUUGGUAAACGAAGAAAAGACUCUCGCAAGAACUCGUCGCAGUAUGAGAGACUGAAAAAGGACAUUUUGGCGCUUCCUAUAAGGGAAAGGCGCAGGAUCAAGGGGAUCACCCGUGAGGCUGGGAAGACCGGAAUGGUCAACUCGUGUAUCACGCUGACCCGACAAUCAAUGCUGCCAAAAGUGCCUAUAGUGAACAACAAGGAGACAGGUAUUGCCGGUAAUACGAUUCAAUGGGCCCAGGAUGUGAUGCAUGGUUUCCAGACACCACUGGCCACUGAGACGUUCGAGAUUCCAGACAACGAUUCACUGAAGGCGAGAAUGCUGUGGAUUGCGCGAGAACACGGCCUGAUUGGCCAGCUGAAUGACCAGGUGGUAGAGUUUCUGCUUCAUGCUUUGGAGACUCAUUUGAGGGGGCUUGUAGAGUCUGUUAUUGAUGUGGUCAAAUAUCGCAAGCUGCGGUAUGCUCCUGAUAUUAUAGACGAGGUUCAAAACGGGGCACCCAGUGAACCAGUUACGACUUCGAAUCACAGGCGGGUCACAUUGACUUUGGAGGAUGUUCAUGAUACGAUAACCCAGCAGCCUUACAUUAUAGAGCCUGGUGGACCAACGUUGAGACUAGAGAACAUACUAUUGGAGAACGACGAUCUCCAGACUGAAGAUAAGACCGGAAUAGCACACUUGCUAAGACCGAUACCGAAUAGAUCACUGGAUGAGUUGAAGCUGAGACAGCCGAUGCUUAGCUCAGUCGCUAAUACUGCCAAUGGUGCGCCGGAUUCAUCCAAUAAAAACGAGCUGAAUUGGUUGAUUCAUGAUAUAUUGACGGAAUGA